AUGGCCCCGUCGCCCCUAGCCAUGGCCCCUCGCGACCUGCCGCCCCUAACCGUGCAGUGGGAGGAGGGUAUGGGGGUGGCGGGUGUGGCCAACCUGCUGUCGCCCGAGCGGCUCUUGCACCGCCCCUUCUCCUACCUCCCCCCUGCUGCGGGUGCAGCAGUGGGGGGGGAGGGGAUCUGCGGCACCAGCCCUCCCCCCCUCCCCUUCUCCCACCUCCCCCUACUGCGGUUGCAGCAGUGGGGGGGAGGGGAUCUGCAGCACCAGCCCCCCCCCCGCCCCACCCCCCCUCCCUUCUCCUACCUCCCCCUGCUGCGGGUGCAGCAGUGGGGGGGAGGGGAUCUGCAGCACCAGCCCCCCCCCCCUCCCCCUUCUCCUCCAUCCCCUGCUGCAGGUGCAGCAGUGGGGGAGGGUAUGGGGGUGGCGGGUUCCGCCGGUAUCACUCGUUCCCCAUCCACCAACGCUUCCCCACCCCCCUUCAUUGGAGGCACUUUCUUCCGCUUCGGCUCCCCAUGCGCCGCAAGCGAAGGUUCCGCGUGCUUCGGCGAGGCUUUGUUGGCGAAGCUCCUCAGCUUCGCGCCGCGUUAG